GACGCGUUCGCCUCCAAGCUGGGCGGGCUCGAGGGGAUCUUGACGCGGCAGGUGUCCGAGGAUCGCGUUGAGAUCGAGAAGGCGUUCAAGGAAUGCCGCGCAUAUGUUCAGGACGGCAUUUCAGGUAACAUGUUCGUGUCGGCCGCCUCCGCCGUCCGCGAUGGCAUCGCCAGUCUGGACAUCGAUGCGCGCUUGGAGAAGCUCGCCGGGGCGUCCGAGGCCUCCGACGUCGAGACCAUGCGAGUUGAAUACAUGAAGCGCUACAUCAACAUCGCCAGGGCCGGGUGCAAGGUCGGAAGUCUCGGCGUGGACAUCCCGGACGACUUCAGCGCUCACGGCCACCUGUCUGACGAGAUGCGAGCGUUCUCGCUGUUCCUGAAGACCGCGGUCCGGGAGAAAUGGAACGUCCUCGAGGGCCCGAGCUUCCCCGUCCAGAUUCAGGAUGGCCAGAACAUGCUGACGUGGGCUGGCCAGGUUGUGAAGCAGUCGGGGUUGCAUUACGCCGAUGUCUUGAACAAGCUUGCCGAUAAGCUCACCGGGAUGAUCCCCGAUAAGCAGCAAGUGAAUGAUGCGAAUAUGCUCAGAAACGCGGCGCUGCAGAAGCUUCUCUUUGCGAGCCCCCAUCGAAAUGCCCUCAACCCCGAGACGCAGGCCGCGUCAGACACACUCCAGAAGAUCAAGAAGGCGCAGGCGGGCGGAUACAAGAUUGGCAAGGAGCUCAAGGAGGCCUUCAAGCGAGCCAAUGAGGCGCGGGCCGACAUGAAGGUCGUGAUCAUGCUGGACUGGGUCCUCGAUCACAUCCUCCACGAUAAGAAGGAUACGGCCGAGGGGCUCAAGGCGCAGGCUCUGGCCAUGAGGGACAUGCUCACCCGCACGAACGUCGAGCUGCCCAAGUACAUGACUGAUCUCCUGGACACGAUGGAAGGCAAGGCGCCGGCGGCAUAG